UGUUGGAAAAGUAUGUGAUGAAUUAUGCAUCUCCAUUCCAGACGAUCACUCCAGGAUCUCCUUGAAAUCGGAGAAUAACCACGGCAACUCAGACUACAUCAACGCAAGCCCAAUAAUGGACCACGACCCUCGCAACCCGAUGUACAUCUCCUCGCAGGGCCCCCUCCCCUCCACCGUGGCGGACUUCUGGCAGAUGGUGUGGGAGAGUGGCUGCGUGGUCAUCGUCAUGUUGACGCCGCUGUCUGAAAACGGAGUGAAGCAGUGUCAUCACUACUGGCCUGACGAGGGCUCCGAUGUUUACCACGUCUACGAGGUCAACCUGGUGUCGGAGCACAUCUGGUGUGAGGACUUCCUGGUGCGCAGCUUCUACCUGAAGAACCUGCAGACCAACGAGACCCGCACCGUUACCCAGUUCCACUUCUUAUCCUGGAUGGACCGCGGGAUCCCCACCUCUGCCAGGACCCUGUUAGACUUCCGCAGGAAGGUUAACAAGUGCUACCGGGGACGAUCGUGCCCAAUAAUCGUCCACUGCAGCGAUGGAGCCGGCAGGAGUGGGACUUACAUUCUGAUUGACAUGGUCCUCAAUAGGAUGGCUAAAGGUGCUAAAGAGAUUGAUAUUGCCGCUACCCUGGAGCACUUGAGAGACCAGAGAGCCGGCAUGGUCCAGACAAAGGAGCAGUUUGAGUUUGCGCUGACAGCCGUGGCAGAGGAGGUGAACGCCAUCCUGAAAGCCCUCCCUCAGUGAAAGACCCCCCCCCCCCCCCCCCCGGCUCGGUGAGCACCCGUUUCCUCUGCCCACUCAAGACACACAUCUCCUCCUCCCACCCGUCUUCCUCCUCCUCCUCCUCGCUCCGUUCCUCUCCUGUGUCUCCGCCUCCUCUUCACCUCUAUAUAUAUACUCUAUAUUUAUGAAUGUUGUGCCAGGUUUCACCUCGGGUUCCAUAUUGUUCAAAACGAUGCCUCAGAGUGCGGCCGCUCGAUCCGGGAUCCGCCGUCCUGCUGUGACGCUCUUAUGUCAAUAUGAACCCAGGUCUUCUCUUACUGUAAUGUUGUUCCUGAACUAACCAGUUCUAGUGCCACAGACUGAAACUAUUCAACGUGAUGUCAAGUGAUGAGUUCUGUUCCAGAAUCAGCUGUUUGAAAAAAAAUGAACAUAUUUACAUAACGGCAAACUAAAGUAGAGCUGCAGUCGAAAAGAUUUUUAUAACCACUGGUAGAUAUGAGGAUCUCCGUUUGUCUUAAAUCUCCUCCAGGCAGUGCAGACAGUCUAUGGUCGUGCAGCGAUCACAGGGAAUAAAGGUCACCACCCCCUCCCACUGGCCCCUCCCACUGGCUCCAGGUGAAUUCUCCUGAUUAUAUCCUGCUGUGUUCUCACAUCAGAUCACUCUGACUUUCUGCAGAAUAAAUACGAGGAGGCUGGAGGAGAAACAUUCAGA